GGCGGAGAGGCAUGGCGGCGGCAGCGGGGCCAGGGACCCGCACCAAGACCAAGAAGAAGCACUUCGUCCCUCAGCGGGUGAAGGUGCUGCGGUCGGCUGACCCCUUGCUGCGCGUCCUGGGGUGGGGCAUCAACCACCAGUUGCCCUACUCCAGAAUGUGGGGGGAGAAUCUGAGCUCCAAGGCAGAGUCACAAAAUAAUGCAUUUUCUGGAAUGAAGGAGGGAGCUGAUCAAUGAAUUGAGCCAGGUCCCUCAACCAGUGAUGCUGCUCCCUGAUGACUUCAAAGCCAAUUCCAAAAUAAAGGUGAACAAUCAUCUGUUCAACAGAGAAAACCUACCUGGACACUUCAAAUUCAAGGAGUACUGCCCACAGGUCUUCCGUAAUCUCCGUGAACGUUUCAGCAUUGAUGACCAGGAUUAUCAAGUCUCGUUGACACGCAGCCCACCCACAUAUGAGACUGAGGGUGGGGGACGCUUCCUCCUGUCCUAUGAUAGGACCUUGGUUAUCAAGGAGAUCUCCAGUGAAGAUGUGGCUGAUAUGCAUAGCCUUCUGUCCCAUUACCAUCAGUACAUUGUGAAGUGUCAUGGGAGCACCAUCUUGCCCCAGUUCCUGGGUAUGUACCGACUCAGUGUCGACAAUGAAGAGAGAUACAUGAUGGUCAUGAGGAACAUGUUCAGCCACAGACUUACAGUGCACAGGAAGUAUGAUCUGAAGGGUUCCCUGGUAUCUCGAGAAGCAAGUGAUAAAGAGAAGGGCAAGGAGCUGCCAACCCUGAAAGACAUUGACUUUCUAAACAUGAACCAGAAAGUAUACAUCAGUGAAGAGGCCAAGAAGGACUUCAUGGAGAAACUAAAGCGAGAUGUAGAGUUCCUAGUCCAACUGAAAAUUAUGGGCUAUAGCCUACUACUAGGGAUCCAUGAUGUGCAACGAGCUGAGCAAGAAGAUGAAGAGGAAGUGAAAGAGGAAGAUGGAGAAAGUGACCCUGUGGCAUCUGUGGGUUCCUACGGCACAUCCCCAGAGGGCAUUGGCAGCUAUUUGAAUUCCCACAAACCCCUGGGACCUGGAGACUUUGACCCCUAUAUUGAUGUAUAUGCCAUCAAAAGUGCUGAAAAUAGCCCACAAAAGGAGGUUUAUUUCAUGGGCUUGAUUGACAUCCUCACACAGUACGAUGCCAAGAAGAAGGCUGCCCAUGCAGCCAAGACAGUCAAGCAUGGGGCUGGUGCAGAGAUCUCUACGGUGCAUCCAGAGCAAUACGCCAAACGCUUUCUGGACUUUGUCACUAAUAUAUUUGCUUAGCUGUUUUACAAAACUUCUUGAUGGCCAAAGCUUAAGUUCAAAGGAUGUCCUAUUCCCUUGUAGUUCUCCUCCCUCCUCCUGCAAGGGAGGGCUUGCCCCCUGCUGUUUGGGUCAGCAGGAGAGUUGGGAUGCUACUGUGGCUGGUCUGGAGGAUGGCUGCUGAAUCAAGUGCCUUAAUUUUGAUCUUCUGUAAAAGGAAUACGGCCAAAGCACCAAAGAAGCUGUUGGAUGGCUGCUUUUGGGGGAAGCUUUUCUGGCUCCUUCUCAGAAGCAGGAGAAAGAAGGUUGGCUCUGAAUAUUCUUCCCAAUACCAACCACCUCCACCCCUUACUGUCCUAGCAGGACACUCAGUUGGUUCCUCUAGUCAGGGCAGUAUCUCAACUCGCAUAGAGAAUGAAACGGUAUCUUUAUUCCUAGACAGAAUAAUAUGCAAUAAGAAUUUAGUCCUGUGCCUUGGAAGAAGAGCAGUAUCUUCCUUGCUAACGCAGUCCAUUUAUUAUGAAGGUAUCUGACCUAGGGUCAGAUUUAUCCCUGUGAUACCCAGCGGUACUGUGUAUGUGCUUCAAACCCCCUCUGUCGAUUCUUUACCUCCCUAGCUACAUGAUUGUGCUGGGCUCUUCCACCAUUUGGGAGAGGGUUUGGUCCCUUCUAGCAAGCAGAACCCAUGUUAUUUAUGAGCACCUUUGGAGCCUAACAAUGCAGUCUGGCUCUAAUUCGGUACCACAGACUCUUCAAACCCUGUUGCCCACAUUCUGCUCCGUUAUAACAGAACCUCUCCCACACCCACUGCUUUCAGCCUUCCUAUGGCACUUUGCCUCUAUUCCUCAGAUGACAGAUGAAAAAUACUGCAGGGACUGGAAACUACCUCGAGGCUGCCAAUAGGAAUUUGGGGAUUGUCCUUUUGAGACAGUUUCCUCAGAGUUUCUGACACAGAAUUUGUCACUGCUCUGCUUGCUGUAGCACAGGAAAAUGGGGAGAUGAAAGAAACCGGAUUUUUUUUAACCCGGAUUUCAUGUACUAAAAUUUUUCCUUCACUCCAUGGGGUACUUGACCAGAUUUCAUAGCUUUAUUCCAUAGCAAGGGUCCACUAACUACUUCAUGAUGGGAUCUGUAAUGGGCUCUGGAUGCCCCAACCCACCAAAGGGAUAGCCUAUCCAGUUCCAAAGCCUGUGCUGACUUUGAAAGUCCUGCUCCACAUUUAGGUGGGAAGGCUGCUUUUUUAGGCUAGCUUUUGGGAACAGGAAGGUGUGGGAAUGCCAUGAUCAGUGCUGGGAUAUUUUCAGAUAUGUGUGUGUGUGCGCGCGUUCCUCUCUGUGUCCUGCCGUGCGUGUGUAUUUAUAUCAAACUAACAAAUCAGUAUGAUAUGAGAAAAGUCAACUCUUGUGACAGUAGCUGUUCAGAGGUGCUCUCGGGUAAGUGGAAAGUUUUUAUAGGCUUAAGGAACUGUGUGAUGUAUGAAAGAGGACAAGCCUUCACCAGUUCAGCAACAUUGGGCUCCCCAGAGAUCACCAUCCCUUUGCAUUGUUUAUUGGAGAGAGAGGCAGAGUACAAACAAGGAAAUAGAUAGAUGAAGUUCUUCUUACUCGUCUGGUACAAGGAAGUCGUCCUCUUGAUUAAAGGAAGAGACCCUUGGCUGGCUUUCCUUUCCUUUAGGCCUAAAGCAGAGUAGGUCACAUUAUGCUGUCCUAACUAUCAGUCCUCUCCCGUCUGUCCCAUUUGUGUUCUUGAGACUCUUGAGACAAUACAGCCCAGUGCCAUGGAAAUGUUCUUGUGCCCAACAGGUGUAUGUAUGUGCAUGCACUCCUUCCUAGCCCCUCUCAGCGUUUUCAUUGUACAUGAUGGUGUGUAUUUCCAGUUCAAUCUUGCAUUGAUAGAAAUAAAUUAUUGAACCUGAA